AUCACUCUGCGAAGACGGCUAUCGGCUGAAAGGACUUUGUUGUGUUGCUGGUAGUACGACGAACUGAACCGCUUUACAAAUGGAUAAAGAGUUAUUUCGCAAGCUUGCGUCGAAGAUUGGGAUAACGUCUGUUAAAAUAUUGGGCCAAGCAGAUGAGUACAUGCGGUUAUCCCAAGUGAAGUGUGUUGGACUGGGGUCAAUGACAGACACCAGCAAAGCCAUCAUUUGCCUCGAGUUGGCAGCGACAUCAAUGAAAUUUCCUCUAGACAAGGAGUAUGCCAUCAAGCUAUCCGGGCUGAGUUCUAAGGUGUACCACAGUAAUUUGAAAGCUAUGGAGUGUAUGCUGGGCCUGCAGUCGAACCUGGGUCUCAGAGAUCUUGCAGUGCAGUAUGGCUGUUUGGAUGCAGUUAAAGUGGCCUCUCAGAUCAUCCAGCGGUAUGAGGCCAGCUUGCCUGCCGCUCAGCAACAAGACCUUGACUUAUCAAAACCUCUCUUUACCACAGCAGCCCUAUAUACAGCAUGCAAGUGCAUGAAAAUCAGAACUGACAGGAAAUUAGCCUCUUCAUCUGGAGCGAAGAAGGGAAUCUUUGACCGGCUGUCUACACAAUUCCAGAAAUUUGGACAGGAGCUCUGCAAUGAGGCUUCCUCUGUGGAGGAACCAAUCAAAAAAGCUCAAAAGAGGCAGAAGACUCUCACUGAAAUGUUAGAAAUGGAAGACGAUGGAAUCAAAUCUUCUCAAAAACUCUCAAGUGCCCAUUCACUCAUGUGCUAUCUGCAGCAAAAGCCAUUCACACAUCUGUCUAAAAUGUGGAGCUGGCAACACCGUCUAAGGAAGUGUGCAUUGAGAAGACAGAGGAGGAAGAGACACAAUAUUAUGAAGAGUGGAAAAGAAAGAUCCUUGAAAAUGCACUGAAAGCAAAGGCUGUAGAUUCAUGAACUCUAAAAGAUUUCAUGUCUCCAUUUUAUUUAAUUAAGGUUUUGCAUAAUGUCAUCUGGACCCUUCUUGGGAUUAUUUUAAUGUUGUUACCGAGACAAGUCAACUGCCCCCUUCUGGCUUCUUUUGUCAAUGUCACUUUCUUUGAAGUAUGAAUAUUUCUGGAUGACUCUUUAUUACUUUUUGCCAGUGAAAUGACAGAUUUAAUUAGUGAUUCCAUCAUCGUACCAUAUUAAAUUCCUAGCUUUGAUGUCUUCUUGCAAUGGCAGGAUUGUAUAAUUGUUCACUUAGUUAUGUGGUUGGUAUACCGUACAUGUGUGAGUGGUGAGAUUUGAACUUAUAUCAGAUCUGUCAACUGUUUAAUGCAUCGUGAUAGGAUGAUUAUGUCUAGUGAGAAUGUGACUUGAUUUUUAACAGUGUUUUGUGAUGCUGGUUUAAAUUAC